CUAAUUUUACUCAUAUAAAGCGGGGGAUUAGUUUCGGAGGAAAAUGGGUUCCUGGUUGGGAGCACUAAAUUUUGGGUUAAGAGAUGUUGAGGCAAUGGUCAUGGGGCAGGGAGGUUUGAGGAACGUGCACUAGAGAUGACAGAAAUGGCAAAGAAGAGAGAGAUGGGAGAGAUGCCACAGGCACGGGCCCAAUGACUUAAAGAGAUAAGUGCAGCUUGUACAGAGUGGCAGCGGACGCACCAGGUAUGAGGAAAGCAUGGGGACCAGGGCGGUGGCCGAGGAUGCCCCCUCGACGCAUUAUUUCCUCCCCGUCGCAAGAGGGCGCUGCGACCAGGCACUGAGAGGACGAAAGAGAACGCGGGGAGCAGCAAGUCCGCGUUAAGCGCUAACGCAUGCGCAUAGCUAAUCGCACCCGCCUCAGCUUCCCCUCUCGGCCAGAGGCGCCGGUUGGACUCACGGGAGGGCCAUCAUGGUGGUAGGUACAGGCACCUCGCUGGCGCUCUCCUCCCUCCUGUCCCUGCUGCUCUUCGCUGGGAUGCAGAUGUACAGCCGUCAGCUGGCCUCCACCGAGUGGCUCACCAUCCAGGGCGGCCUGCUUGGCUCAGGUCUCUUCGUGUUCUCGCUCACUGCCUUCAAUAAUCUGGAGAAUCUUGUCUUUGGCAAAGGAUUCCAAGCAAAGAUCUUCCCUGAGAUUCUCCUGUGCCUCCUGUUGGCUCUCUUUGCAUCUGGUCUCAUCCACCGAGUCUGUGUCACCACCUGGAGGCACCAGGCUGGCAGCAUGCCCACUGGUGCCGUGACCGUUCUGUCUUCACCAUGUAGCUUCAUCUUCUCCAUGGUUGGUCUGUACUACAUCAACAAGAUCUCCUCCACCCUGUACCAGGCAGCAGCUCCAGUCCUCACACCAGCCAAGGUCACAGGCAAGAGCAAGAAGAGAAAUUGACCCUGAAUAUUCAAUAAAGUAGAUUCUUUGUA